AGCCCGCUGCCGCCGCGGGCAGACCCAGCGCUCGGGCUCGGCUCGGCUCCGCUGCGCGCCGCGGCCAUGCAGCGCCGGGGCGCCCUGUUCGGCAUGCCGGGCGGCAGCGGCAGCAGGAAGAUGGCUGCAGGGGACAUCGGCGAGCUGUUGGUGCCCCACAUGCCCAAGAUCCGCGUCCCCAGGUCCGGGGACAGGGUCUACAAGAACGAGUGCGCCUUCUCCUACGACUCGCCGAAUUCAGAAGGUGGACUCUAUGUAUGCAUGAAUACAUUUUUGGCCUUUGGAAGGGAACAUGUUGAAAGACAUUUUCGAAAAACUGGACAGAGUGUAUACAUGCACCUGAAAAGACAUGUGCGAGAGAAGGUAAAAGGGGCAUCUGGUGGAGCUUUACCAAAAAGGAGGAAUUCCAAGAUGUUUUUAGAUCUAGAUACUGAUGACGAUUUAAAUAGCGACGAUUAUGAAUAUGAAGAUGAAGCCAAACUUGUUAUAUUCCCAGACCACUAUGAAAUAGCACUACCAAAUAUUGAGGAGUUACCUGCCCUGGUAACAAUUGCUUGUGAUGCAGUUCUUAACUCAAAAUCCCCAUACAGAAAGCAGGACCCAGACACAUGGGAAAAUGAAUUGCCAGUAUCCAAGUAUGCCAACAACCUCACCCAGCUGGACAACGGAGUCAGGAUUCCUCCAAGUGGUUGGAAGUGUGCCAGGUGUGACCUGCGGGAAAACCUCUGGUUGAAUCUGACUGAUGGCUCCGUGCUGUGUGGGAAGUGGUUCUUUGACAACUCUGGGGGAAAUGGGCACGCCCUGGAGCAUUACAGAGACAUGGGCUACCCUCUAGCCGUGAAACUGGGAACCAUCACUCCUGAUGGGGCAGAUGUUUAUUCUUUUCAAGAAGAGGAACCUGUUUUGGAUCCUCAUUUGGCCAAGCACUUGGCGCAUUUUGGAAUUGACAUGCUUCAUAUGCAUGGGACAGAGAACGGGCUGCGAGACAAUGACAUCAAGCCACGAGUCAGUGAGUGGGAAGUGAUCCAAGAGACGGGGACAAAGCUGAAGCCCAUGUAUGGCUCGGGGUACACGGGUCUCAAGAACCUGGGCAAUAGCUGCUAUCUCAGUUCCGUCAUGCAGGCCAUCUUCAGCAUCCCGGAAUUCCAGAGAGCGUAUGUAGGAAAUCUUCCAAGAAUAUUUGACUACUCUCCUUUAGACCCAACACAAGAUUUCAACACACAGAUGACUAAGUUAGGACACGGGCUUCUCUCAGGCCAGUAUUCAAAACCUCCAGUGAAAUCUGAACUCAUCGAGCAGGUGAUGAAGGAGGAACAUAAGCCUCAACAGAAUGGGAUCUCUCCACGCAUGUUUAAGGCCUUUGUCAGCAAGAGUCAUCCGGAAUUCUCCUCCAAUAGACAGCAGGAUGCCCAGGAGUUUUUCUUACACUUGGUGAAUCUAGUAGAGAGGAACCGCAUUGGCUCAGAAAACCCAAGUGAUGUUUUUCGGUUUUUGGUGGAAGAACGCAUUCAGUGCUGUCAGACCCGAAAAGUCCGCUACAUGGAGAGGGUGGAUUACCUGAUGCAGUUACCUGUCGCCAUGGAGGCAGCAACCAACAAAGAUGAACUGAUUGCCUAUGAAUUAACGAGAAGGGAAGCAGAAGCAAACAGAAGACCCCUUCCCGAGCUGGUUCGUGCUAAGAUACCAUUUAGUGCCUGUCUUCAGGCCUUUUCUGAACCAGAAAACGUUGAUGAUUUCUGGAGCAGUGCCCUACAGGCAAAGUCCGCGGGCGUGAAAACAUCGCGAUUUGCUUCCUUCCCUGAAUACUUGGUAGUGCAGAUCAAGAAGUUCACUUUUGGUCUCGACUGGGUUCCCAAAAAAUUUGAUGUUUCUGUUGAUAUGCCAGAUCUGCUUGAUAUUAACCAUCUCCGAGCCAGAGGGUUACAGCCGGGAGAGGAGGAACUUCCGGACAUCAGCCCCCCAAUAGUCAUUCCUGAUGACUCAAAAGAUCGCCUGAUGAACCAGCUGAUAGACCCAUCAGACAUCGAUGAGUCGUCAGUGAUGCAGUUGGCCGAGAUGGGUUUCCCUCUAGAAGCGUGUCGGAAGGCCGUGUACUUUACUGGAAAUAUGGGAGCCGAGGUGGCCUUUAACUGGAUCAUCGUUCACAUGGAAGAGCCAGAUUUUGCUGAACCAUUGACCAUACCCGGUUAUGGAGGAGCAGCUUCUGCUGGAGCCUCUCUUUUUGGUGCUACUGGGUUGGAUAACCAGCCUCCCGAGGAGAUUGUAGCUAUCAUUACCUCCAUGGGAUUCCAUCGAACUCAGGCUGUUCAGGCGCUACGAGCCACGGACAGUAACCUGGAAAGAGCCCUGGAUUGGAUCUUCAGCCACCCUGAGUGUGAGGACAGUGACUUCGUGGUCACGAUGGAGAAUAAUGCCAAUGCCAACAUUAUUUCGGAGGCUAAGCCUGAAGGGCCUCGCGUCAAGGACGGAUCUGGAAUGUACGAAUUAUUUGCAUUCAUCAGUCACAUGGGAACAUCUACAAUGAGUGGCCAUUAUGUUUGCCACAUCAAAAAGGAAGGAAGAUGGGUGAUCUACAAUGACCACAAAGUCUGUGCCUCAGAAAGGCCCCCCAAAGACCUGGGCUACAUGUACUUUUACCGCAGGAUACCAAGCUAAACCUCAGACAGACAAAUGGCGAGAAGCCAUACGCCUUUUUAAUUUGCCAAAAAAAAAAAAAA